AUGCCAAACAACAAAAGACAUACGUUAAAAACCAUCAAGAACAGAGAGGAAUGCCAUCCUAGUUCUCGCAAAGCACGUCAACUUACCCGAGUUUUUCUGAGAAAAGAACGUUUAGAUCAGAGAUCUACAGAAAGAUCAAACAGUAAUCCCAAAGCUGAAAGAUGGAUGUGGUUUCGUUAUGCAUUGGAUGAAUCGUUACCGCUUGCAACGAUGAAAGAAAUGCACGAUCUUGUUGAGAUGUACCUGGAACGUAACAAUGAUGAAUUGGCCAAGUUGGUCAAGGAUAGACAGAUUGGUGGACGUAGACCAAAGACAAAGCGUGAAUUGUUGUUAUUAGCUCUAAUUGAGAGUGAACGUGCAGAAUAUAAGUCAGGAUUUGAGGUUCCUGAUAUGACAAAUGGAAAGACACUCAAGCUUUUGAGAGAUUGGGACGGCGAUAAUAACAGUAUGGCAAGAAUGCAUUCUAUCCGAAUCAGUGCCCCGACAAACCCAAUUAUUGCCGAUGCAACUAUGGAAGGUGUAACUUCAAGUGUAAAUGCAAAGACAACUGCAGAUGCAGAUGCAGAUGCAAAUAACGCCACCACAACAAAGUCUACAAUUGACGCCAUGGAAGAAUAA